UUCCUUUAUAGAAAUCAUAAUCCUUUUUCCUUUGCAUGUUAGCGGGGCGGGUGACCCAGAUUGUUUCUAGAUCGUCACGAUUAUUCUUCUUUGGAGGGAACAGACCUCAGUUCGUUUUUAAGCGUUUCCUCACCACGUCAUCAUUGAUUAUGUCGUCAGAAAAUGGAAUCGGAGGUUCGCCUGCUGAAGAGAAGGUCACAUUGGGACCCGAUGGUCAGCCUUUGUCAAAGAAAGCACUGAAAAAGAUGGAGAAGGAGAAAGAAAAAGAGAAGAAGAAAGCAGAAAGAGAAGCGAAACAGGCUGCUGAUGCAGACGCCAAAGAUGCUGAGGACUAUGCAAAGGAUCGCUAUGCUGUCCUUCCCAUGGCUCAAUCCCAAGAGAAAACAUGUAAGUAUUUCUUGAAGAACUUGAGACAAUUUCUUUUCCACCUGCAUACACCAAAGUAUCUUGACUUGCUUUGUACACUGUAUCUACAGAUUUUUGUUGUAAGUCUAGCUGAGCCAAGGCUACCCCUACAGAUUGAUGACGCAUCACGCCCUGAAACUGAUGAGGAACAAGCUCAUGUGAAUCAAGACACAAAGCUGGACAACCGAAUUAUUGACCUCAGGACUGUUCCAAACCAGGCCAUUUUUAGUAUUCAAGCUGGUGUGUGCCAUUUAUUUCGAGAGUUCCUCACAUCUCAAGGAUUUCACGAAGUUCAUACUCCUAAGAUUAUUUCAGCUGCUAGUGAGGGAGGUGCAAAUGUUUUUGAAGUUACUUACUUCAAAGGAAAAGCAUAUCUAGCCCAGUCCCCACAGCUUUACAAGCAGAUGGUGCUUUGUGCUGACUUUGACAGAGUAUUCACCAUUGGGUCAGUUUUCCGUGCUGAGGACAGUAAUACACAUAGGCACCUGACAGAGUUUAUUGGUCUUGAUAUUGAGAUGACUUUUAUGGAGCAUUACCAUGAGGUGAUUGACGUGAUUGGUCAAACCUUUGUCCAUAUCUUCAAAGGAUUGCGUGACAGAUAUGCUGAGGAUAUUGCAAAAGUACAGAAACAGUACCCAAGCGUACCUUUUAAAUUUCUGGAACCAAGUUUGGUGCUGAAUUAUCGUGAAGGAGUUGACAUGCUGAGGGAAGCUGGAAUAGAUAUGAAUUAUGAUGAGGACCUGAGCACUCCAAAUGAAAAACUAUUGGGAAAACUUGUGAAGCAGAAAUAUGACACAGACUUCUUCAUUUUGGACAAGUAUCCACUGUGUGUGCGUCCAUUCUACACUAUGCCAGAUCCACACAAUCCUGAAUGGAGUAAUUCAUAUGACAUGUUCAUGCGCGGAGAGGAGGUCCUCAGUGGAGCACAGCGAAUACACGACUCCGACCUGUUGGCAGAGAGAGCCAAGCUACAUGAAAUAGAUUUGGAGAAGAUCAAGGCGUACAUUGACUCAUUUCGUUAUGGUGCACCACCUCACGGUGGUGGAGGAAUAGGCCUUGAGCGAGUAGUCAUGCUGUACCUGGAUCUUCAUAAUGUCCGAAAGAGCUCCAUGUUCCCACGUGACCCAAAGCGUGUCACUCCAUGAGAGAAGGCGCUCCAAAUAUGGACAAAGCCAAUCAAAUUUCCGCGAAACUGAUGCAACUUAAAAACAAUUCAAUUUUCACGAAAUGUAAUACACAAGAAAUGCUGCUGAGCUAUCACGAUAUGAUUGAUUUAAAGAGGAAUUUCAAUUUAAUGACUUGACUGUGAAGUAUUUAACUUGCGAUCUGGCAUGAUUGCAGGUUAUGGAAUACACCACUUUUCAACGAUUAGUUAUUUUUGUACAUGUAUUGUGUGUCCUUAAAUUUGCUGGUCUGGA